GGGCUGGGUAUGGAGAAGCUUGCCCAAAUACGGUUUCAGUCCAGGUUACAUUCGUUCCCUUCUUUUCCUCUGUCCCAAAACACUCCAAGUGACGGACUGACGGUGGCGGCGCUCGGUGGUGACGGCGGCGCCACUCUGUUCAGCGACCUAACAUGUAAAUCCGUUCUCUCGCUUCCUCUCCCAUUCUAUUAUCACUUCGUGUGCUUUCUCAUUUCGAUACGCACGCUAUUCUCGAAGAUUUUUAAAUAACCGAAAUUUCAAACUCCGUUAAUCGAAAACACUCUCACGCAAUCGUCGUGUAUUCUUAUCUUCGAAGCUUUUGAAUCCGACUAAAGUGUUUUUUUCCUCAGUGUAAAGCGAUAAAUGACAUGGCGUUCAGAGGGAAAGAGAUGUUGAAGAAAGUUCUGAAGACAGUGGGAGAGAACGGUUUGAGUCGAAGAGAAAAGGAAUCGUUGGAGAGAUGCUUGCCUCGAAGCAAGAUUGUGAUGAACCGCGCCAAACGCGGUCUCUUCGCCGGGAAACACAUUCAGUUUGGGAACCGUGUCAGUGAAGAUGGCGGUAACAAGUCAAGGAGAACUUGGAAACCUAAUGUCCAGGAAAAGCGGCUAUUUAGUUAUAUUUUAGAUCGUCAUGUUCGUGUUAAAAUCACCACCCAUGCCCUACGAUGCAUAGACAAGGCAGGUGGGAUUGAUGAGUACUUGAUGAAAACUCCUUAUCACAAGAUGGACACUGAGAUGGGCAUCCUUUGGAAGGCAAAGAUUGAGAAGUUGUAUGAAGAGCUUGGCAAUAAGGAGGUUGUAUUCUUUUCACCUGAGGAUGAAGCGAAGUUUGAACAGGAGUUUAAUGAUUUGAAACUAACUGAAAGGGAAGCACGAAAGGAGGUCAGAAGAAAAAUGUAUACUGGGAUGAGCAAGCACAAGCUAAUUGAGGUAGAACGUAAAGAUGAUCAAACUAUUGACGAGGGAGGCAAUAAGAUUGACGUAGAAAUCUCGCAUGAUUCAUCAAAACGGGUGGUUCCUGUCUCGUAUGUCUUGGCUGCUGACAAGCUCAAAGUUGGAAGUGUUGUUUCUAAUUAAUUUAUGUUAUGGCAAUUGAUAAUGGCGGUGUAAGCUUUUUUAGCCAAUAGAGUUUGAAAAUCUUUGUUAUUUGAUUUUAGGAUCAUGUUGGUUUCUUCACUCUAAGCCACUGAGGUUGGAUAUUGGUUGGAACUUGGAAUUAGAACAGAAUUAAUGGAGACUAGUUCUUUACAAAGAAAGGUGAACCUCUAGAAUAUCUCAAACAGAAAAGAUGUCAUAGAUGGUUUUAAGAGAUUUGAGUCUUUCUACCUAAUUGAAAACCGAAAAGUACUAUCUUUUUUAGCUACGAAAAUUACUAAAGU